AUAAAAGCAGAACCCCUGACGAAACGGUGAAACGGCAUAAUCCUGGUGAAAUUGAAAAUAGUAAAGUUUUAGCAAAACGGCAAAAUUCUAGCAUUCCAAUCUCCCUAGUAUAUUCAUAUAAAAAAGUUCAUGAACCUAGUAUUCCCCUAAAAAAAUUACGUCACUAA